AUGGCUAAUCUAAUGGUGUUGGACUUAAGAAGGAACAAUUUCACAGGGAGUAUUCCACCAUUAUGUGCGCAGAGCACUUCAUUGAGAACCAUUGUCCUGAAUGGUAAUCAAUUUGAAGGGAUGUCGUUGCUCAAGUACUGUGAUGGUCUAGAAAUCCUUGAUGUGGGGAAGAACACUAUAGAUGACACAAUUCCAGCUUGGCUAGGAACUCUUGAAGAGCUGCAGUUUAAGCAAUCUUUUGGAGUUAAUUCUGACUACUCCGACUGUUUUACUUCGUUCCCAAAAACAAAGUCUUGGAAUGAGAGUAGGGAUUGCUGCAGUUGGGAUGGAGUCACUUGUGACAUGUUAAACGGUCAUGUUAUCGACCUGGACCUUAGUUGCAGUCAACUUGGUGGAAGUAUUCAUCCCAACAGCAGCCUCUUCCAACUUCAUCAUCUCCACACACUAAACCUUGCUUACAAUUACUUCAAUUAUUCUUCAAUCCCACGUAACAUUGGCCAAUUGACAAAUUUGAGGCAUCUCAACCUUUCUGAUGCUUGGUUUGAAGGGAAAAUACCAACAGAAAUCUCAUACCUUUCCAAUUUGGUUUCACUUGAUCUUUCUGAUAGUUAUGGAUUACAACUUGAUGAGAGAACAUUUGAAACAAUGCUUCAAGACUUCACAAAUCUGGAGGUACUUUCUCUCUAUCUUGUCAACAUCUCAUCUCCGUUACCUGUGAACAUUUCUUCCUCCUUAAGGUACAUGGAUCUUACAGAUACUAAUCUGCGAGGUGUUCUCACAGAGAGCUUUUUCCUUGUGACAAACUUGGAAAGACUCAAAUUGAGAGGGAAUGAUCUUGUCAAAGGAGUUUUUCCAAAGAUCCACCGGAGCAACACUCUGUUAAUGGAGUUGGAUAUUUCAUACACAGGCAUCUCUGGUGAGCUGCCUCAUUCAAUUGGCACCUUGAAAUCCUUGAAUAUCUUGAACCUCGAAGGAUGUCAAUUCACUGGUUCCAUUCCUGAUUCCAUUGGCAACCUAACACAAAUUACGGAGUUGAUUUUAUCUCUUAAUCAUUUCACUGGCCAUAUUCCUUCCACAAUCUCUAAAUUGAAGCACCUCACAAUUUUACAUCUUUCGUCCAACUCCUUUUCAGGUGAAAUUCCCGAUGUUUUCUCUAACCUCCAACAGCUACGCUUUUUAGAUCUUUUUAAUAACAGCAUCAUCGGUUCAUUUCCCUCUUCAAUUUCAAACUUGACACAUCUUCAACGGUUAGACCUGUCGAGUAAUUCCUUAUCUGGCCCACUUCCUAAUAAUGCGAGCAAUCUUCAAAAGCUAACCCAACUGGAUUUGUAUGACAACUUACUGAAUGGUACCAUACCAUGUUGGUUGUUUAGCCUCCAUUUGCUAAGACCUUUUUUGUCUCUCGGUAAAAAUCAAUAUAGUGGACUACCCGAUGAGCUCAAAACAAAUCCAGCAUUAAUAAAACUGGAUUUAAGCAAUAAUCAACUCAGUGGUUCUGUUCCUCAAUCACUUGUGAAUCUCACAUACCUUUAUACCCUUGACCUUUCAUCAAAUAACAUCACCGGUCCAUUUCCCGCUUCAAUUUUAAGUUUGACACAUCUUGAAUACUUAGACUUGUCGAGUAAUUCCCUAUCUGGCCCACUGCCUAGCAAUGCAAGCAUGCUUCAAGAGCUAUUUUUUGUGGAUUUGUCUUACAAUUCGCUGAAUGGUACCAUACCAUCUUGGAACCUCCCUUUGCUAUCUUUGUUGUGGCUCAAUCAUAAUCAACUCAGUGGUUCUUUUCCUCAAUCACUUGUGAAUCCCACAAACCUUUCUACCCUUGACCUUUCAUCAAAUAACAUCACCAUUGAUGAGGGAAUAAAUAUCACCUUUCCUAGUCUAGAAGUUUUGAAGUUAUCAUCUUGUGAACUGAAGGAUUUUCCACACUUCUUGAGAAAUGGUCCACUACCUUCAUCCAUUUGUAACAUGAGCAAACUUGCCUUAUUAGAUUUAUCACACAACUACUUCAGUGACUCAGUUCCACAUUGCUUGGGAAGCAUGGCUUUUCUAACGGUGCUGGACUUAAGAAAGAACAAUUUCACAGGGAGUCUUCCUCCAUUAUGUGCACACAGCACUUCAUUGAGUACCAUUGUCGUAAAUGGUAAUCGAUUUGAAGGACCUGUACCUAUGUCGUUGCUCAAGUGUAAUGGUCUAGAAGUCCUUGAUGUGGGGAACAAUGCUAUAAAUGACACGUUUCUUGCUUGGCUCGGAACUCUUCAAGAGCUGCAGGUCCUUAUAUUAAAGUUGAACAAGUUCCAUGGACCUAUAAGUACUUGUCAGACUAAGUUUUGCUUUCCCAAGUUGCGAAUUUUUGAUCUUUCUCGUAAUGAUUUUAGUGGCUCACUUCCUGAAAAAGUUUUUGGAAGCUUCAAGGCAAUGAUUAAAUUAGAUGGUGAAGACACAGGAAGGAUCAAGUACAUGGAACCAUCUGAGAAGUCAUUCUACAUAUCGUAUGAGGAUUCAGUGAGUUUGGUAAUCAAAGGGCACGAUAUUGAGCUACAAAGAAUCAGCACAAUUAUGACAACCAUAGAUCUCUCAAGCAACCAUUUUGAAGGUGUCAUUCCAAAAACACUAAAGGAUCUCAGCUCACUUUGGCUACUCAAUUUAUCCCAUAACAAUCUCAUAGGUGGUAUUCCAAUGCAAUUGGGGAAAUUGAAUACACUUGAAGCUUUAGAUCUCUCUUGGAAUCGGCUCACUGGAAAGAUUCCACGGGAAUUGAAAAGAAUGAACUUUCUGGCCUUCUUAAACGUCUCUCAAAAUCAUCUCGUCGGACCGAUUCCUCACGGUCUACAGUUCAACACAUUUGAAAAUGAUUCGUAUGGCGGCAACCUUGAUUUAUGUGGUCCUCCUUUAUCAAAACAAUGUGGAACGAGUGAUUCAUCACAUGUUCCUCAACCAUUGGAGUCCGAAGAUGACGGCGAGUCAUAUUUUUUUAGUGGAUUUACGUGGGAAUCAGUAGUCAUAGGCUACAGUUUUGGACUAGUUGUUGGAACUGUCAUGUGGAGUCUCAUGUUUAAAUAUCGUAAGCCAAAAUGGUUUGUGGAAAUUUUUGAUGGACUCAUGCCUCACAAGAGAAGAAGGCCAAAGAAGAGAGCUCAGAGACGACGGACUUAA